UACUAUUGUAGACUCAGUCAUUUGCUAUUUUUACACUGCACAGUCACUGACUUAAGGUCUAUGAUUUAAUCGAGAGUUGAUGUUGAAAUUGUACUUUUAAAAAUUAAGAAAAAUACACAUUAUAACUCCCCGGUGUGAGCAGGAAUUUAUUUUCUAACCAUGUCGUUCCUUUUUGGAAAGAAGAAGCAACCUCAAAAGGCCCCGUCAACUGGCGACGCAAUCCAGAAACUGAGACAAACAGAAGAAUUGCUGGAAAAGAAACAAGCGUUUUUGGAAACGAAAAUCAAGCAAGAACUUCAAGUAGCAAAACAAAAUGGUACAAGAAAUAAAAGGGCGGCCAUAAUGGCCUUGAAGAGGAAGAAGAGAUUAGAGAAGCAGCUUGAUCAGAUCGACGGCACGCUGUCCACAAUAGAAUACCAAAGAGAGGCACUGGAGAAUGCCAACACGAGCACCGAGGUCAUCAAUACCAUGGGAUUUGCAGCAAAAGCCCUCAAAGCUGCACAGCAAAACAUGGGAGUGGAGGACGUGGACGACUUGAUGUCAGACAUCCAGGAGCAGAUGGAAGUAGCCAACGAAAUCACCGAUGCUAUCUCCAACCAGAUGGGUUUCGGACAAGACGUUGACGAGGAUGAACUGUUCAAGGAGUUGGAGGAAUUAGAGCAAGAGGAGCUGGACGAACAGCUUCUGAGUGUUGGGCCCAGCGUUGCCCCCCAACUGCCCGACGUGCCAACAGAAAGACCCGCCAAAGUUGCAGACCAAGAGGAUGAGGAUAUGAGAGAGCUGGCAGCCUGGGCCUCCUAACUUGCAUAACCCUGGAAGAUUGUGCCAUUCAGAAGAACGGUCAAUUAGUGCUAUUGUUAUACUCAAUUCUAUUCCUCUUAAACGGUACUUUCAUGUCAGAUUCUCAAGAGAGUGAUCUGUUUAUUAAGACAACUUGAGCAACUUUGUCCCGUUGGAAAGCUAGUCCUAGCUUGUCACCCGACAACUUGUAAAUAGCCUUAGAAAUCACUUUUAUGCUUUUUUGCAGUCUCGGUUUGUUAAUUGAAAAUUAACCGGUGUGUAAGUUCUUUUUAUGAUUUUGCUGCUCGUGACUUUGUACCUAUUUAUGUCUCAUUUUCUCAUAAGUGGGAUCGAAGCCAGUGGGGUGUAAAGUCACUUUACAAAUGGCACAUUCUCACCAUGUUACGAAGUACAGAAGGGGGAACCUAGGUUGCCCCCUUCCCCCCGUCAGUCGCUUGUUUACACCAGUGGACUAAUUUUCAUAGAAUGACUGUGUCCUUAUUCAUGCAAAUAAUCAAGACGUUAGAGCGAGCACAAUGCGAGAAGAAAAAAAGUUGUAUAUACAAAAGCAACCAUUGCUAUCAAUUACUGACGUCUUGAGCCAAGACUAACAUACUUGCGGUUAAAUCAGUACAAGUAGUUGUGAAUUAGCUCCUGACUUCUUCUUUUUUUUACUGCCCUCGUUGGUUUCCCACCAUCAGGGGAACGAUUCUUUGUGUGUGGCCCAUCCCUAAUUCAGAAAAACAAAAUGGAGAAUUUUUCCCCAUGUACACCCUUUUCAAUAAGUGUUUGUUUUACAAAUCCAUGAAACCACUGUCAUGUAUGCUUUUAACCAUUGCUGUUUUGAGUUAUAAUUGGCGGUUAGUCUUUCAAAACCUAGCAUGGCAUUUUCGAAACAUUUGAACAAAAUGAAAGAAGCUUCCAAAAUACAUGUACUGUACUUUACUGGUUUAUUUGCCAUCAGAAGAAAUUUGUUUGAGAUAUCUCUCUUCAGUGGAAGAUACGAAACCUAAAAUCACUACAACAAAACAGUGGCUCAUCAGAAGACUGACUUACAUAUUAGUUGAUUAAAAAUGUAAACUAAUGAUUAAAAUAUGUACAUGUAUUUAUCAAUAGAAAAAUUUAGAAUAGUCCCAAGUGAUCUUUAAAAUGCAGUUAAAAUGCAGAUAGAAUACACACAAAAUUAUGAAAUCGACCUGAUUUUUGUGUAAAUAAAAUUAAUUAUAAAUGGUAAAGUUA